UAUGCCCCAGCGUGCGCCUUCUGCUCGCCACUCGGCCGGCAAAUAAAAGGCCGUCGGAUUCCUACUGGCGGUACUACUUCAUCGUUGAAAACCGCAAAGAUACAAGCUGAUAAAAUAUGACGUCCUCUGCCACGCUGACCUCGAUCUUAGCCGUAGCCACGAUAAUUGCAAGCGUCUGGUCGCAACGCGCUUACCAACUACCAGAUGGAGCUGAACUACUUGUUGGUGAAGUGCGGACGAAUUUUCACUGUCCUAAUAAAUACGGCUAUUAUGCUGACGUUGACAAUAAUUGUCGCGUAUUCCAUGUGUGCAAUCCUGUCACGCUGGCCGAUGGAAAACAGCAGAUCCAGCACUACUCGUUUCUCUGCGGAAACCAGACUAUGUUCAAUCAGCUCUCGCUGACAUGUACCUACGAAGAAGACUCUGUGCCAUGUCAGAACGCUCCCGACUUCUUCUACGUAAACGAAAAUAUCGGCCUCGAGGAUGCGCAUUUUCUAAGCGACAACGACAUCAAGAAGGUCGCUCCGUUGUUGCGUGGAUUUGGCGCACGGAACGCUAGAGCCUAGGUGAAUCGUAAAGAGACACGCUAUAAUAGUUGAACUGAGAUAAUCCAGUCACAUACUUACUACAUGCUGUAACGCUCGAAACAAAUAGCCAAACCGUCCUUGUACAUACGUGAAGUAAUCGAGAUCAUAUGGAGUGCCUAUAACAGUAAUUAUUAAAUAUAUAGUAUUACUAUUAUAAAUGCUAUCGUUAUACGGUCGUUGAAAUAAAAACGGAGCUUACAAUUUGUA